AUGGGGUCCGCACCACUUCUGGAGCCAUUGAAGCUCUCGCAAGCAACUAUCAGUCUUCUCGACAAAGAGUCAAAGUAUUGUGUAGGAGGUUUCCGACCAACCCCUGCGAUGCUGGCUCGAGCAGAGGGCUGCAAGCUUUGGGACGUCGAUGGCAAAGCAUAUCUCGACUUCAUCUCCAUGUUCAGCGCAGCCAAUCUCGGCCAUAACCCUCCCCAGGUGGUAUCCAAAGUAAUUGAACAAAUGGGCAAAGUAUGCUUAGUCAACCUGGCUGGCCACCAUGCCUUAUGGCCAUCGUUCGCCGAGAUGAUGUGCAACAGAUUCGGCUACGAUCGAAUCAUCUCCAUGACAUCAGGAACCGAAGCGGCCGAUACGGCAUGUAAGCUCGCUCGCAAAUGGGGUAUCAAAUCCAAAGGCAUCACAGCAGAGGAAUGUCUAGUCUUAGGCGUGGGUUCUUGUUACCAUGGCCUGGGAUCCAGCGUCUGGCCUCUCAUGGAUCCCAGUCCCACACGCAAGGACUACGGCCUAGGAAGCUCCAUGGUCACCAACGUCAGCCCAUCUGGCGAGAGCCUCGCAUAUCUCGACUUGCCUGCCAUGCAACGAUGUCUCGAACAAUUCCACGACCGGAUUGCCGGCGUCAUCAUCGAAUGUUUCCACGGCACAUCUCGCACCGUGGACGAAGAACGGAUCUACGCCCGCGGAGUCUACGACCUAUGCCAACAAUACAACGUCCUCUUCAUCGCCGACGAAGUCCGGCAAGGCGCCGGCAAGACGGGGAAAUUCCUCUCCUAUGAAUAUCUCGGCGACGAUUGCAAACCCGAUAUUGUGACCAUGGGCAAAUCCAUCACCGCAGGCGUAUAUCCUCAAUCCUUCAUCCUGGGAACCAACAAAGUCAUGUCCCUGGUCGGUCAAUUCGAAAUGGCGUCCACGUUCGGCAAUACACCAUUAGGGAUCGUAGCCGCACAAGCCACCAUCGAAACAAUUGAAAAAGAGAACCUUCUCGACCGUGCACUCGAGUUGGGAAAGAAAUGGAAAGAUAUUGUCGAGGGUUGGAACCAUCCAAAGGUGAAUUAUGUCUUUGUCAUGGGCGCGGAUUCGAAUUUGUUUCUUCACGAUACUGAUGGUGCUCGAUUCGCUGCCUUGUGUAUGCAUAAGGGUGUCUUCUGCCAUCCACGUCCAGACGGUCUGAGGCUGAGUUUCCCGCUGAUUAUGACGGAUGAGGAGCUGGAAGCUGGUGCGGCGAUUAUCAGGGAGGCCUUGGAUGAAGUGGAUCAGUAUCAAGCUAUUCCUGGAGAGGUCUUUCCAUAUUGA